AUGGCAGAGAUAUUAGUCGAUGAGGGAUUACUUAGGAUAUUCAAAAUUAUAAUCUAGUUUUAUGGAAAAGUUCCUCUUAAGUACCCUGCCUCAAGAAGCUAACGAAAGGCAGUCAUCUUAGUCUAAGAAUUAUCGAUAAAAUUAGUCAGUUUUGCUAUUUUAGAUACUUACUAUUUCUUGAAGACAUUUAGAAAAGGUUUGAAGAUUAUUAGUUCAAAUACAAAAUUUCCAAGGUAUUGAGUAAUAAUAUCUGCAUUUAGAUUCUUGCAAUAAUCAUUGACACCAAAAUUAUAAUUUUUGUCGUUCUUCUGUAUUACAAAUUAAAAGUUAAAACAAUUUUUAUUUUUAAUAUUUUUGAUGAUGAUUGAUUGUUUUUAAUAAUUAUUUCAUUUAUUUAUUUAUUAUUGA